AUGGGAUUCCUCAAGCCGAGCACGACUGAAAAGUCGAAGCCGGAUGCCCAGGCCGUCGGAUCUGACUUGCUCGCGGUGCUACCCGAAAUCCCUACACCAUGGUACCGUACCAAGCACUUGCUUCUGCUCAACCUGAUCCUCUUGAUCCCAGUGUUGUCGUCGGCAGCAGUUGGCUUUGACGGGCUUCUCAUCUGCCACCACGCCGGUGGCGACGAGUCCUCAGCCCUUGUCGACUAUGAAAUCAGGCAGAUCAAAGAGAACAUUCGCCUCAAAACCGAGGCUGCCAAGGAAUCUUCUUAUCCUGUUUCGUACUACGUCAAUCUUGUUCUGAACAUAGUUGGGAUCACAGCGACCAAGGAUCAAGGCCUCAUCAACGGUCUCCUCCAAUUGUUCAAUUGGAUUGCAGCGGUGUUUGCUGGUGUCAUGAUGACCAUCCUCACGAGUGUCUUCAGCAGAACGAAAGACGAGAGAGCUAGCUAUGCCGUAGCAGCAUUCAUCUUCAUUUAUUACUUCUUCCACGACAUUGCCUGGACGCCGCUCCUAAUGGCGUACCCGGUUGAGAUUUUCCCCUUUUGCAACCCUAUCGGACUGGCCACCCUGGGCUGGAAGUACUACAUUGUCUUCUGCAUCCUCUUGACCCUUUUGCUCUUCUUGAUAUGGCUACCUUUUCCCGAGACAAAGGGCCGAACCUUGCAGCAGAUUGCCGAAAUCUUCGACGGCAAGAACCACAGACUUGGUGCUUGCGGUAUUGGCGAAGGAAAGGCCGAUGACGCCAAGGUUCAAGAGGUGGAAGAUUAUGCAGAUACAGAGGCUUGA